GUCACUCUUAUUCAUCUUGCUUUUGACUGCUAUUUAAAUAAUGUAUGUUGUAUUGUUAAUUAAUGGCAAUAUCGAAUUAAACCCCCCUGAAACGAACAUAUUUAUUAUGCAGGCACAUCCAAUCUAUUUUUAACUCUUACGCAGUCCGUGCACGUUGUGUAAUGGGCUUUGGUUGCUGAGUUUUUCUUUUCAGUAAGGGGGUAGCGUUAGGCUGAUUUUCAGCAGAUGUGACAAGUGGCCCUUGCAGUGGUCAGCUUCAAGCUUUGAACCCUUCCUUGGAAGAAAAGAAGGGGGGGCAGGAAGCCCUUGCCGCUGCAGCUUUUUUUUUUAAAAAAACCCCACCUUAGAUGAGGACAUCUCCCCCCCCCCCCCCCAUUCCCUCCUGUUCUUGCCAUUGAUAAGUUCAGCUAUUCUGAUACAGUCUCUUCAAGCAAGCAGCUUUUGAAUACAGCUUUCAUCUAUUUAUUUAUUUUUAGAAGACCAAGAUUUCAAUGACUUUCCAACGCUUUGUAUAAAAAUGGUUGGGUGCAUUGUCAUUCUAAAACAUCAUUAAGACAUAUUUACAGAUGACCAUCAUGUCUCACCUAAAAGAUCUCAAAGAUGACUUCCACAGUGACACUGUCCUCUCCAUCUUAAAUGAACAGCGCAUUCGGGGUGUUUUGUGUGAUGUCACUAUAAUUGUAGAAGACACCAAAUUCAAAGCCCAUAGCAAUAUCCUGGCUGCUUCAAGCCUUUAUUUCAAAAAUAUAUUUUGGAGCCGUACAAUCUGUAUUUCUGGACAUGUAUUAGAAUUAGAUGACCUAAAGGCUGAAGUGUUCACAGAAAUUCUUAACUAUAUCUACAGUUCCACUGUGGUUAUUAAAAGACAAGAGACUGUUUUAGACCUUGCAGCUGCAGGAAAAAAACUAGGAAUAUCAUUUCUGGAAGAUCUUACAGAAAAGACUUUCUCAAAUUCUCCUAAACUAUAUUCAUUUUGCAAUGCAGAGAAGGGUGAAGUGAAAGAAGAAAAAAGACAGGAAGAGUCCGCUAUCACAAAUGGACCAAGAAUUACAAAUGCCUAUUCAAUUUUUGAAUCUGAAAAUAGUAAUAAUUUGUUUUCUCCUCUUGACUUGAGAGCAAGUUUUAAAAAAAUUCCUGAGACAACUAAAGCAUCCCAAGUUAGUCCAGAGAGGAAUGGAGCUUGCAAAGAUGUAGAGCCAGCUAGUACUUUAGCAGAACAUUCCUAUGCUGUUACUGCAAGCUGUGAUGCUUUUCAGCGAAAUUCCUUUUAUCAUCCUGAGAACAACCCUCUUUGUAAACUAACUGAGAAUGGUUCUGAAGCAGUCCAGCCAGCGCCUUUGACAGAAUCAACAACUCAAGUGUUCAAUACACCAAAGACUGCUUUUAAUUCCCAGGUUACUGAUGUGCCUUCAGUAAAGGUACCAGCCCACAAAGGAACAAAUGCAGAGAGUACACAUAAAGUAGUAAGUGAUCAGACAAUUUCUCUUCCUAAAACACACACAAAUACUGGCAAUGUUCUCCCUUCCCAAGACAAUGAAAAUAAAUCUGAUCCUGUUUCAGGGUCAAUAGUCACUGCCAUUCCACACAUUUAUAAUAGUAACUGUUGUACAGAAUCAUUUAAUGAUGGAGCCCAGUUCAGCACUCAUCUUCAGCUUCACACACAGCCUCAAGAACCUUUAGUCUGCAAAUACUGUAGUAAACAGUUUGAAAGUACUACUGGACUAGAAGCACAUGAACAAGUGUGCAGAGGAUUGAGCAAUGUAUGUGUUCAAAAUGAAAAUGAGCAGCAUUAUUUGGACAAUUUUGCUGCUGCUUCUAGUGCAAAGACUGGUGCCUCGUAUAUAAACUCAGAGCCUGCAAUGGAUGAAAAUAAUCUCACUGAUCAUCCUGUCCCAAAUUGCACAUUGCCAGAAACAGACCACUUUGUGAACAUGGUUGAUGGACAGAUACUUUAUACUUGCAAUGUUUGCAAACGUACCUAUGUUACCUUGUCCAGCCUUCGAAGGCAUUCAAAUGUUCAUUCAUGGAGAAGAACUUAUCCAUGUCAUUACUGCAACAAGGUAUUUGCAUUAGCAGAAUAUCGUACCAGGCAUGAAAUCUGGCACACAGGAGAAAGACGAUAUCAGUGUAUCUUUUGCCUUGAGACCUUUAUGACAUAUUAUAUACUCAAAAACCACCAGAAAUCUUUUCAUGCAAUUGACCAUCGACUAGGAGUAAACAAGAAAACUGCUAAUGGAGGCUUGAAACCAAGCGUGUAUCCUUACAAACUUUAUAGGCUUUUGCCUAUGAAAUGCAGAAGAUCAUCAUAUAAAAGCUAUGAAAACUCGUCGUAUGAAAAUAUCCAAGUUGAUGAAGCCACUUCUAGUACUUCCAUAAUUCAGAAUACUAUUAAUUCUGAAUUACCAUCACUGAAUUUUUCAAACAAUAUACUGUCAAAUACUUCUGUUUCCUUGGAUACAGCUCCAUGUAAUGAUGCAGCAGCAGCUGUGAACCCAUCACACAUUUCUUCCCAGGAAGCUAGUGCAUCACAAUCAGUCCUUAAAAAUGAUAUUACUUACUGUACUGCAAGACCAUUGGCCUCUACUGAACUUAGCUCUGGUCCUCAGGACUAUAAAUCUUCUAUUAUAACAUUUAGUAGUAGCAAUGCCAGUGAAAAUUCAGCCUCUGUUAUUAAUUAUAGUAAUUCAACGUCUUCUGUGAUAAUGCACAGUAGCAGAGUUUCAUCUGUAAUAAUGCACAGCAAUGCUAUCAAUGCAAUAGGAAAAAAUAAUAUAGGAAGCUCAGAUACUACAUUCAGCCAGGCAGCAAGUAAUGACCAUGUACAAGGGUUAGAAGACAACAAAAGAGCAAGAAGCAAUAGGGAAAAGAAGAAAGUGCCACAGUAUGACAGAACAGAGACAUCAGAGGAGGUAACAUAUGUGGCAAGUGCAGUAAAGUCCUCUAACACAACCACAGAUAUUUUUGAACCUUUGAAUAAGACUGAAACCUACAUUGCAAAACCUGCUUUACCAGGAACAUCUGCUGAUAGCAACGUUGCCCCUCUCUGUCAAAUAACCGUCAAAAUUGGGAAUGAGGCUAUUGUGAAAAGACAUAUUUUGGGAUCCAAACUGUUUUACAAAAAAGGCAGAAGAUCUAGACAUGAAUCAAAAGAAGAGCAUACGGUUCAGGUUGCAGAGCGAGAAAAGAGAGAGAGAAGCGUUUCUCGAGUCUGUAGGUCAGACUACAUUGAGCUCAAUGAAAUGUGUGAUGAUUUAAGUGACCAUGACUCUAAUGAUAAGCCCUGGAGACCAUAUUACAAUUACAAACCCAAAAAGAAGUCUAAACAACUAAGAAAAAUUAGAAAGGCAAAGUGGAGGGAAAAGUGCAGGAGCAAGAAUUCCUACAGAAGAAGUGAAAAGGCAGGAGUCAUAAAUUAUGCACUUAGGAAUAUUUCUGGAGAAAAGAAUCUCAGUCAAGAAGAUGAUGAGAAAAUGCCAAGUCUUCACUGUGAACUCUGCGAAAGACAGCACACUUCUGCUGAAGAAGCCUUAGAGCAUUUGCACAGGGACACAGUUCCUUCUGAGUCUUACAUUUGUGACUUAUGCCAAAAACAGUACCAGAGUCCAUCUGCUCUAAGGAUGCAUAUGCGGAGUCAUGCAAGAGAGAAACCCUACCCUUGCAAAACCUGUGGGAAGAGCUUUUCCAUAUCCGGAAACCUAGAGAAGCAUGAACGUACCCACUUGGGUGUCAAAGAUUUUGUCUGUCAGUAUUGCCAUAAGGCAUUCACUCUGAACGAAACUCUGAAAAUACAUGAGCGAAUUCAUACAGGAGAAAAGCGCUAUCACUGUCAAUUCUGCUCUCAGAGUUUCUUAUAUCUUUCUACCAAAAGGAAUCAUGAGCAAAGACAUAAACGUGAGAAAAGCGGGAAAGGAUAUGCAUGUUUUCAGUGCCCCAAAGUUUGCAAGACAGCAGCUGCUCUUGGAAUGCACCAGAAGAAGCAUCUCUUCAAAAAUCCCAAGCAAGAGGAUAAAAAAGAUGAUUUAUUUCAUGAAAGCACUAAAUCUUUCUUGAAUCAACGUUUUGUUGACUCAGAUGGACAGCACACAGCUAAACCUUUGAUUGCUCAACGUUUCAUUGACCCAGCUGAGCCUGAAGCAAGUAGCAUUCAGAAUGUUGGACUUUGAGAGAGAAAAAUCAGAGAAAUGAAAGGAAGAAAGACUAGAAAUACAAGUAAUUAAUGCAAAAAAAAGUCUAGAUACAUGAAAAUUCUAAAGAGGUAUUAUUCCAGAUAUAAAUAUGUUUAAUAUACUGUAUAAAAAUGUGCCAUAAAGAAGCAAAAAUUGGAAUUGUAAGAUUUCUGGUGCAGUUUCUUGUAUGAAGUGCUAAUAGCAGGUGUGCUUCAUCCCAUGGAAGAAUGUCUGCACUUAGGCAGAGGAAAACAAUCUGCCUAGUUGAAAUCUUUUAGUUGGAGACUAAAAUUAACCAUUGAACUAGGUUAAAACCAUUCAGAACAAAACAAAGGCAAAACAUAUCAGCUGACCAAUUUAUACUGGAAAUAGAAAAAUAUGCACCCACUAUUCCUAAUCAGAAUUCAAUGUUAAUUUGUUUUCAAAAUUCAGUGCUGCACUUUAAUUUUCCAUAGUUCAGAAUAUACAGCAUUUUGCAAAGAUUCUAAUUUUUUGUCAUCAGAAAAAGCAGCACCAGCAGUUCUGAAUUUUGAACACAGUUAGAGAAAAGCCUUGUGAGGACCGUUGAAUAUAAUAAAUCUUUGUGUUGUUGAGCGUGCACUACAGUGUUUUAUGGGCUCAUUAUAUGUUAAUGCUAUCAGACAGGCAGCUUAAUCAGCAAAAGAGUUAAAUACAUAUGGCAUGAUCCUCGUUGGACCAAAUGUGCACUUGGGAUGGGAUUGAUCUAGGAUUAGAUGGAACCCUUCCCUCCCUUCUGGACCAUAACACACAGACCAUUACUUUCAAUGGAAAGCCUAUUUGUGCUUCCCUGAUGAGCAUAUAGCCAUCCUUCUCUUUCCCAGGGUCCGGAUCAACAUUACUUAUUUUUGAGCAAGAGUAAUAUGCAUGUUAAAGGCCAGAGAAGAUGAAUGGCAUGCAUAUAUAGGGAAUGUACAUGGACUUCCUAUUUAAAUUCAUUGUUAGCAUACUGGAGCAUAUGCGCGCCUGUGUGUGAGGGCCAAACAAGAAAGAUACACUGAGCUGUGUGUCAGUACCUUUCCAAGUAUGUAGCUAUGCCCAUAUUGGUUGGGAGUUGGAUCUGAGAUUUAAUCAGAUGCUAAUGGGUUUAAAUUCAAGUACUUAAUUAACUGGCUUGUGUUUUUGGUUAAUUGUCACUGGGUUUUACAUGGAUCCAGUUCAGUCUGCUCUUAUGACAUGAGAAAUAUAACAAAUUUGUGACAGCCAGUGUUAUUCCAAUUAAAUCUGAGCUCUGAAAGUCUUGAUGGUUUAUAGUGAGACAGACCUACCUAAAUAGGAUAUGAGAUACAGGCAUUCUGUAACAUCAGAUGCAACAUCUGAGUUUUCAGUGCUGUUUUUUCAUUUUAUUUAUUUUUGGUACCUUCUUUCUUAUUUAUAUAUAAUGUUUACCUUGGUAAAAUUUUGAGAUAUUGUAAAAAUGCACUAUGCUUCCCAGGGGUGGUUUAAUAGAAUCUAUGGAAAUUUUGAAAAUUGCACAGCCCCCAAAUCUGAUGUUUAGAGCAUCUUUAUAAAAUUUCUUCAUUUUGCUGCCCUUAUAGAAUUGCAGACUAGUAUUGACUGAAUUAUAGCAGAUAUCCCCUGCUUUAGCUAAAGCUGCUCUGAAUUUCCUGUAUCUCACCAGGAAGACACAGACCAAACUUCUGGUUUCCAUAUAAGAAAACUAAUGCAAAAAAAGAAGAUAGAAAUCUUGGUUUCUAGAUGCCUUUAUACUUAUGAGUCCCUAUGGGAUUGAAACUCUGGUUAUCCUGCCAAUAGGGAUAUAUUUCUGUGGCAGAAAUAUGGCAGAGAUGGCUGUCCAACUCUUGGUUUUGGAUCAUUGGAUCAUUAAGUUGCAUACCUCCUCAUUGUCCUGCUGACAGGUGACCAGAGAACUAAUUAUCUACAUUAGGAAGCAGUUUUUGGAAGAUUUUCCAGCAGAUAAUGAGCAUUUUUCUAAUGAAAAAUGUCUCUGGGCUUUGGCUGCUAGUUAUACACUUUAUUUGUGUUGAGGGUCAGCCAUCUAAUACAAAUAGCCUGUUUUGUGAAGAUUUGUUAUUUAUGGCUGCAUAUAUGUCUAUGGCUACAAAUAAAGUUUGUACAGAAAUCCCCCCCCCCCCCAAAUAAAACAAAUAUGAUAAGAAAGACAUUCAAUAAGAUAAGCAUUUAUCAUUGUUUUGUAUUGGUAUUGGAGAGGAGAAGAUUUUGUUGCCGCAAUCACGAGAUUGUUUUGUAAGGCUAUGAAAAGGGGGAUAUUUAUGUUUUAAAGUUUUGGAAGGUAUGUGGCUCCUAAUGUAUAACUUGGGGAUGGCUCUAAAUAAUAUUUUUAAUACUACACCUGACACAUUUUCAUAACUAUACUUUAUUUAAAAUGAAUGGCUUGUAUCCUAAAAUCAGUGAAUUGACUUAUAUUUACAGAAGGCAUCUUUGCCACUUCUCUCUUCCUGCUUGAAGCUUGGAAGGCCCUAUCAGAAUAGCUUGUAGUGCCAAGACUGCAGCUGAAAUGGGAUUGGCAGAAAUCCCUCUAUUCUUGUAUGAACACAGCAUGAGUUGGGGGGAGCUGCCUCAUUACAUUUCUGGGUUGUUCAUGAGGGCAGUGGCAAAGAUUUAACUCUGUUCACAGAUCCUAGGAUCCUAAUAAUACAGGAUUGGAUCCAAACAAGCCCUUCUGUUCACAGACUGCCUUCUUCCUCUUACAUAUAUGUCCAUGAAUGGAAGGGCAUCUUUGCAUCCACUUUAGAAUACUUAACUUUUACCUGGUAGUUGUUUCAUAAGAAAAUAAUGUAAAUUAAAUAUCCCACAAUUGAUGCCAGUAUUGAAAAAACCUUUUCUCUACACGUGAACGUUUUUUGUUUGUUUCUUCCAUAGCCACUUUGGAUCCCCUAAAAUUAAAUGUUUAUAGUCUUACUUUUAGUGAGAUCUCAAAUAACUUAUGACAUUUUCAAAAAUGACAUGUAUGUUAAUGACUCUAGACCAAAGCAAAUAAUGUGUAAUAUUUAUACAUAGCUAUAAUUUUACAAAUAUUUUCUAUAAUUGUGUAAUUCAUAUGCAAAAUAUCUUGUGUUUGUUUGAGGGCUUUGUAUAUUUUGAUAAAUUAUAAUACCUUUGUAAUUCUGUAUGUUCCCUACAGUUUAUAGAAAAGCAGGUAUAAGAUGGCAGCAUCAUGUUUAUAGCUAAACACUGGGAUAAAAUAUUACUUGUCAAAUUAGAAGUAAAACAAGUAUAAAUGAUGGUACAUAUUGUUAAGGACAGUAAAUUGCUACAUUAUGGCAUCUGUAUUUUAGUUUAUAAAUUAUUAAUAUCUGGUGUUCAGAACUGUGAAAACAAUCCAAUUUUAUUUUUUGUAUUUCUUUCAUUAAAAUAACCUGUCUCUGUUUUUGGAUUUUUAAAAA